AUGCCUUCCAAGUCUCAUGAAGACAAGGAAUGGCCCAUUUCGCUUAUACGAGCACGUGCGGGCAACGAAGAUGACAUCCUGGCAGUUGCUCUUGAAGCCCUUGAUCACUACGACAACAACCCCAUCGACGACUCCGAGUUCCUCGCGGACAAGACAAAGCGAUAUCUACAAGAGAUAUGGAGUCAAUGGCUUCGGUUCGCCGAGCGCAUUAAGGCACACCCGGAAGACACGUGGCUCGCUCUCUGUAUCGGGUCGGAAGAUGCCAAAGCCCGCUGUCGGGCCUUCCUUGAGGCUUAUGUGAGGACUUCUAUGGUGAAGCGCCAGUGCCUUGGCGCGGAAGAAUGGCAAGAAGUUCGAACAGUCAACUGUGCCGUGACUCUCGAGGAUAUUUGGGCAGCACUCGUUCGGAAUGCCGACGAAUAUGUGCUGAAGAGGAAGAGGGGUGAAGACAGGGAGAGGGCUCACCUCUGGAGCCUCCGCUAUUCGUCACGGGAUAAAGGUUUUCGCAGCAGUCCUGCGUACGAGAUUGGACAGUGGAUUCCUCAGCUUGCCAUGAAGCUUGGCCUAACUCUGAAGCAGCUUUUCACGAAGAGAGAAACCACCCCGGAGGAUAUCAUCUUGAUACUAUCGACGCUUUGGAGUCGUGCAGAGGAUAUCCGCUGCAGCCCGAGUACCCGCGUCGCUUUCGACUGUUCUAUCAUCCUCGGCGGCAUUGGUGGCUGGCGCCCUAAGAGCGUCGUGGCCAUCAAGUAUGAGCAGGUUCAAUUCGCAUGGGUGCGUGACCCUUUUGACCCGCAGAUAACAAGGCUCGCCGCCACCGUCACGACACGCCACGUCAAGCAAAGACAAAACCGUAUACAAAGAGGCCAGAGAUCGGAGGUCAAAUUUUCCAUCACAACGGUGCCUUGCCGUCAGCUGUGCCUCCUCAUCUUCUGGGUUUCGCGAGCGCUAGCAGACAACGCGUUCGAGGCCGGAUUCACGGCAUCCAGUCAAGUUUUCCGCGCGGAGCCACUUGAGCCGGGCAUUGACUACGUUCCGCUGCUCUGGAAGGCAGAUAUGAAGGACAAAUGCAUCCAUUCUAUCUCCCACAACACCUACUGGAGUAUCUGGAACCGCGCUUUGUUUGUAUCAGGGCUUCGUGACGAGGACGCCAUGCGACCCUACGCCAUGAGAGUUGGCGGCGGUGGGAGACUAGACGUUUAA